AUGAGGGUGUCGUAUUCGUCUAUCGCAGCAGCUGCUGUGGCAGCGUUCCUGCCUUCUGCCCUUGGCCAGAUUGUCCAGUACACUCCUGCAGGUGUGGAUGGGAUCUCUUUCAGCGUCAAUGCUCCGGCCCAGACGGUGCAGUCUGGUUCAGGGCCCGUUUACCUUCAAAUCAAAGGCCCCAGCAAUCUGCAGUGGCUUGCGGUGGCUGAGGGUUCUCGGAUGUUAGACGCGAACAUGUUCGUCAUCUACGCGGCUUCUAACAAUAACAUCACGCUCUCUCCUCGUCUGGGCGCAGGCCACAAAGAACCGCUCUUCAAUCCAGCUGUCCAGGUCUCAUUGCUUGAUGGUAGCGGCAUCAGCAACGGCGUUAUGACGGCGAAUAUCCGGUGUGACAGCUGUCUGUCUUGGGCCGGCGGCAGUGAGAAUGUGAAGAGUGCAUCUGCUCCCUUCAUCUGGGCGGUUCGACAUGGAGAGCCCCUGGAGUCCACCGAUGUCACCGAAGGUAUCCACAUCCAUGACAAAUUUGGGGGAUUUACAGUCGACUUUGCGAAAGCAACAGGCGGGAACACAGACAAUCCUUUUUCAGACUCCUCCCUCUCUGCCUCCGCAGCGAAAGCCGCGGCCCAGAAGAGUUCCGGUCACCAGAUGCGGACAGCUCACGCCAUCAUCCUGUCCAUCGUCUUCGUGUUGCUCUUCCCGAGCUUCGCGUUGACUCUCCAUCUGUUUCCAUCGUCCAAGACGGUUCCAUACAUCCAUGCUCCUCUUCAGCUCUUUGCGCUCGCUGCGGCCAUCGUUGGCUUCGGACUCGGAAUCGCGAUGGUGGUCAACUCAGGGCAUGUUUCAGGUUAUCAUCAGAUCAUUGGAAUCGUGGACAUCGCAGCAUUGGUCCUCUUCCAGCCCAUCAUGGGUCUUUUGCAGCACUUGCACUAUCGAAAGCACGGCAAUAAAAGCAUAUUUGCCUACAUCCACCGCUGGUUGGGUCGCUUCCUCGUCAUUCUCGGUAUCAUUAAUGGUGGAUUGGGCUUCAAAUACGCUGGGAUUGGAAAGGGAGCUCCUCGCGGUGCGGUUAUUGCAUAUGGAGUGAUCGCCGGGGUUAUGGGCGUGGGCUACAUCUUUCUCAUUGUCCAUUCGACCUUGAGAGCCAGACGUAGCAAGGACAGCAGUGAGAAAUGA